AUGGGCCAUUAUAUGGAAAUUGGAAGAGGCACCUUUGGCGUUGUCUUUUCAGGUGACUCGGAUGCUGCUGUCAAAAAGACAUUCAAAGGUAGCAACACGCUGGCAGUUGAGUUCGAACAUGGGCUGGCUACGAGCUUUGCCGCAACCGCAACAACCCCCUUUCUCAAGCACAAGUUCCCAGAGCCUGUACCACGUGUGCCGUGGUAUCAAUCAAGCCACGGGAUCCAAAAACCCUCGGCAAAAGAUCCAUGGUGGAUUGCCAAUCAACACCGCUUCCCAUCAACAAACGGCGACGAUGUGCCAAACGGAGUGUUUCUGUUCGAACGCAUACCACCGGUGCCCCGGAUUCUUCAAGAAUCACUUAUCCGCCGAUUCUGGCCACCUGAAAGACAGCAGACCGCGCUCGAAGAUCCUGAGAAUAGGGAUUGCAUGAUUCGGCCGUAUCUUCAAGAGCGGUGGGCUUACCACGAGGGCAGGGGACGGAAGAGGCUGAAUAACGAGCAAAAGGAGUCCCUCCGCAACUUUCCCGCGUACCUUGAUGACUUGCAAGCCAUGGGUAUCGACUGUCAUGCGGUCUCAAGACAAAUCGCACUUGGUCUUGCCGUCGGCCAUUGGGAAGCGCAACACGAUAUGACCGACGUGGAGUUCGUCAUUGCUGGACGAUAUCCUUCGCCGGCAACCACACCAAGAGCCCAUACCGUGCCGCUCGACGCCUACGACCAGAGAGAGGACCUGGGCAACCGAACAAUCAUGACGGAAGGGACAGAUAAAGGGAAAAAGUACGGUUUACCGGCCAACACCCAAAUGUGGUUCGUCGACUUCGACAAAUGCAACCGCGUGCGUGUGUGGGAUGAUACCCUCACCAAGGACAUUCGCAAGCUUGCACUGGGAAUCUGUGCCAACGACCCCUACUACCCGAACCCACUGCCAGAUAGCCAGCUCGGCUGGGAUGUGUUUGUGACGUUUACCGAGACGUAUAUCCAGGCCGGGCGCUGUCUGCUGCAGCGGGCCUUUGAGAAGGUUGCGACGAGCGACGAGCACCUAGAGCGGAUCCUCCAGCGACCGUCCAUGGUCAUGAGGGAGUGGUCAAAGAUUAUGAUAAAUGCGAAGAAGAACAAUGAGAGGGAGGUUUAUGACGCCCGUGUGAAAAUACGAAAGGAGCAAGGAUGGAAUCGGCCAGCUUGGGCCAUAUAG